GGUUUUUGUUUUUGCAUGCCGAUGCUCUUCAUGAAGAUGCUUUUUCUGUUCUUGGGUUUUUGGGAUUUCUUUUGUUACUUUCAAAUUGGCAAUUUCUCUUAGAGAAUUGUUGGCUGAUUGACCACAAUAAAGAAGUUUGCUUAUUCUCAUCCAGGUCUGAAGAGCUUUCCCAUUGUUUUAAUUCGUAUUAAUGUUAGUGCUAUCAGUAAAUUAAGUUUAAGUAACAAUUAUAUAGUAUAAAAGUAUUAUAAAGUAUAUCAGUAUAAUUCACCCUGAUAUGUGCCGACUUGGAGACGGGCUCUAAGUUCCGACAUAUUUAAUGGCGACCACGAAGCGACCUCUGCAGGGACGGUGUGAACUGCCUCCAGAACCGGGACCGCUCUCUCUGACAGGCUACAGAGGCCGGCCAUAAAUAACAAGGUGAGCAGACGCCUGUUAAACUCAAAUGUCUGUGUAUAGUGAAUCUGUGGCCUGAGCGGGGGGAUUGGCCCCGGGAAAGAGAGCAGACAGACACCCUCGAGAUAAGAACCCCUAAGGGUGAGAUAAAGAGCUGGAUGAGAAAUAACGAAGGGAAAGCCCCAUAACUAGAUAAGGUUUUGAUGUGUAAGGUUUUGAUGUGUGACUGUGUGUGUGUGUGUGUGGAAAAAAUCUCAUGAGUGUACUAUGUAGUGGUUAGGCCUGGAGCGUAUCCUCCGGUGUGAGUGCUAUUAAACUCACGGACCGGGGCAGGACGGCAGGCGGUAAAGCGCAUGAUAAAAUUCCUGGAGCGUAUCCUCCGGUGUGAGUGCUAUUAAACUCACGGACCGGGGCAGGACGGCAGGUGGUAAAAACGCGUUAGUUCCUAGAUACCGCUGUUGGUUGAGACAGGUCUGCUUGGUAGGAACGGUGAAAAAGGGGGGCCCCCGGUAUUAUGUGUAUGAUAAUCUGUAUAUGAUAAUCUGUAUAUGAUAAUCUGUGUAUAAUAAUCUGAGAAUGAUAAUAAGUGUAUGAUAAUAAGUGGAUAAUAAGUGUACGUGUGUACAUAGAUAAGUACACAAUAUAAGUACACAAUAUAAGUACACAAUAUAAGUACACGGUGAUAAGUGUACGUGUGUACAUAGAUAAGUACACAACACAAGCACACACGUGAUAAGUGCACGGUAAUGUGCAAACUGUGUAUGGAUCAGUCAUGGGCAUUGCUGAACCGAAUGAUGAUUCAGAUUGCUGUUUGAUGUAGUAAAAGUGUGGUGUGUGGGUAAGUAAAGAACAGAGGUAAGUAAGCAUGACACCAGUAUUGUAUAAAGUAGUAGAAAACAAUACUUGAAUAAAAGUGCAAGUAUCAUACUAGAAAAAGAUUUUGGUAGAAUAUUUUACCAUAUAUUAUAAUAUAACACCUUUUAUAAUGAUAAUUAAGCAAAACGUCUCAAAGUAUCUGAUAUAUACUGUACUUAAAAAGCUGAAGUAGAAAUAAGAAGUAAAAUUCAGUGAUUGUGAAUUUGAUUGUGAUUGAGAGUGAUUUUAGGCAAGCUAGGAGCAGGGUUUAGGCCUCAGUGUGAAAUUAAAGUAAGAGGUUUAUAUUAUACGACUACAUAGUCAGAAAAAAUUAUGGUAUUAUGUAAAAGGGCAGAAUAGACAAAUUUGAAUAGAUCAGUUCAUGUAUGUGUGCAGUCUCCACAGUGUGUCCAGUAUGUAGUCAUCAAAAAAUAAAAUAAAUAAAUAAAUGAAUAAAUAAAUAAAAUGAACAGAUAAUAAUAUCGACAAGACAAAGACCAGAGUAAUGAUUAUUAUGUUUAUGAAGUAUUGCAUGGAGUGUUUGCAUUAAAGUUUUGUAUGUGCUGUAACUGUAGGAACAAGAAUUGUGACAUUUCACCGCGGUUGGGUGUUUUUGCGCUCUUUCCAGCUCUGACAGCACGUGCACGCUGCGUGCGCUUGUGCUUUUCCAUGGAGCGUGCGGACGUGAGUAAUGCAAUCCAGUCUAGGAGCAGUGUAAUCUCCCUUAUGGCAUUUGUCUGGUUUUAGUCUGUAGUAACGAGUAACGAAGAUGCUUAGUGGAAAUAUAACGGAAUAAAAGUGGAAAGGGUAAGUUCAAAAAUUCGGACGUAUGUAAAGAAGUUCUUGUACUCUGUAGAACACGGGACGAUACGCACGAUUCAGCACAUCCGGCUACACACACAAAGGAUUGCAUGAAGAGCAGUUAAUAUCCUGAGUAAAACGAGAAAAGAGAAUUAUUUUGUUGCAUUUUAUAUUCAAGAACAGUCAUCAUCAUCCUGCGUUUGAGUUAUAAUUCCUCUUAGUAACAACGUCACAGACACGCACAGCUUCGCCCAGUAUUGCGAGCACCGCUAGGGGAUGAGGCUGCAUUAACUUCAUUGUAACUUUUGUGCAUUAGAUCCUCUAAAUACACGGUCAUGUUUUAUUUAUUAAGCCCACACACAAAGCAUAAUAUGAUUUAUAGUGGUCGUACAAGUGUGAUGAAGUUGAUCGUUACCUGAACUAGGCGGCGCUAGUUCAGUUGGUUUACUUGCCUUUAAGCUCUUCCUUUUUUUCCUCACUGGAGUGAUUUCUUUCAUAACAAAUAUUAUAGAUUUUCAUAUUCUUAGAUUCCCAAGAAUCCAUGGGAGUUGGAAUAUCUCCACCGUAUUAUCCACAUCACUUUGCUCGCCUCACAAUCAUCACGGUUCUGACCGAAAACCGUAAGUAGAAGUUCAUCUCUCACUUCUCAUUGGAGGAUCAGCAAACUACAAUUCGGUGUUAGAUUUGUAGUCCAGACUCCUAGGAAUCAAACAAGGCCCCACAUGAGCCAAUAGGUGACCGUAGAGUAGAGAUAGACAGCUUAAAGGCCAAUGACGGUUCUCCAUUGUAUUCAGAACACCUUCUGUUUGUUUGGCACUUGUGUGUGUGUGGCAGUUGAGGUGCGAUAAGGGCCAUCUGGCAGGGGGGGCUGCCAGUGAUAACAAUUCUUAAGGUGGAUUGCGCAAUCCUAGAACACACACACAGAAUAGCUUUCCCGUGUUUUUCUUGAGCAAAUACUACUGCUUAGUGUAAAAUAUUCAUAUAAAAUCCACUCUUGGGUCUCUUUGACUUUAGGAAAAAUGUUUUUUUGAAAGCUAAGACCUGUGGCUAUGAUCUUGAGUUCUUCAUUAGCUCAUGGCUUGUGUUUACUGUAGUGUUUUAUUACAGCAAAAUUAUUUUGGUGGAAAUGAAACCUCCAUUCUAGCCUCUGUAACUCUGUGCCAGUAAGGCCUUGAAUCGCCCUGAUACGUGUAACCAAAACAAGAGAUUGUUUUCUUUCCAAUCUGGGGCAUUCUCUAACCGACUAGAGGACACACUAUUACAUGAUGUUAUAAAUGAGGCGUUAGAUGAGGAAUAAUAAACCAGUUGGGAGAAAUUACCGAGUGACUGAAACAAUUUAAUUUUAAUCUGGAUUGGAUUAAUUAAUUAAUUGAAUAACUGGUAUUUAUCUGAUUGAUUAGUGAAUUAAAUUAUGGGAUGGGUCAAUACUUGGUUGAUUAUGUAGUUGAUUGAUUUUAAUCCAUUUUUAAGUAUAACUAUUGAAUUAAAAGUUGUAUUUUUUUUGUACUUAUACUUUGAGAUCCUAAUAUCUGCCUUGUUUCUCUUGAGAGCCAUACUAGAAGGACUCCUGCACAACCACGUUUACCAGAAAAAGAGUAAACGUUCAGCUGAAGUAGUCAAUAGUACACAGAAAUCCAGUACCACGUGACAGUGCCACAAGGGCGAGAUAGGGGUGCAUGAUGGAGAAGGGAAAGAGUCUGAUUACUCCAGCUACAAUUAUAAUAAUGAGGCACAAGGAUGCUGAAAAAGAAAUUAGAAAAUACAUGAAAAAGUGGCAAGACCGGACAAGGGGAGAAUUGCAGUGGCCUGAAAGUGGGACAUUUGAUGAAGGGAAAUGAAAAAAAGAUGAAGGAAAGAAUAGAAUGCUGGGGGGAAGCGAAAAAUGAGAGUAUAGAUAAAAUUAUGAAGAAAUGGGAGAUAGUGGAGUGGUUUGAACAGGAAGGAAAGAGAAGAAGGGAAGAGAAGCUAAAAAAACCACAGAGUAAAGAACAGGAGAAAGAGAAGGCUACAGCCCCACCAUCAGGUGAAUGGGUGGAGCAGCUCAAACCCCCGCCGUACAACGAACAAAAGAAGCCCGAUUAUCAUGGAAUAUACCCCGUAAUAAAUACGGGACAAGAAGGUGAAGCACAAGAAAUAGAACUGGAAAUCACGGGUGGACAAGUCAAAGGAGUAAUCCGACAAAUGUCAGCAGAAAAAGGAGAUAUUAAGAACAAGUAUGAAGGGUCCUAUCGUCCUUCCUCAGAAGAAGGUAGCCAGAGGGAGGAGAAUGAGAUUCUAAGACACAAAGAUGAGCAAAAGGGGGGCUCAGAACACCCAAGAGGGACUACAAAAGAAGAAGGAAAAGAAAAUCAACAGCAAAUGGACAAAGGCGGUGGAUACCAGUUGCUGGAUAAGCUGGAAAUUCACGCCAAAAGGGUCCUCAUAGCGGGAGGACAAGGAGAGCACCACCGAGGGAAGGAAGAAAAAGGAGGAGCGGAAACGGUGGACGAAAGGGUGAAGAGAUCUGCUGAACAGCAGUCACAGACCUCCCUGGCUACAGAAAAUGAGGAGGAAGUAUCCCAAGGGAUGGGCCCAGAAGACGAGAAAUCUCAGCCUGACAACAGAAGCAUGAAAGUGAGGAUAGAUGGAGAAGUGCAAUUAACCUCGCUAGAGCAGGUAAACCUAUGGCCAGGCAAAGAACAAGAUGAAGCAAUUAAAAUAGUUCUGAAACAAAGUUGUAUGGCAGAUGAGACAAUGCAGGAACUAAAAGAACACACAUCUCACCUGGAAAUGCGGGUGGAGGAGUUGAGAGGAGACCUAAAGGAAGAACAAAAGCGUGCCGAGCAAAGGAUAAGAGGCCUACAAUAUGAAAAAGAAGAAACCACAGCAGCAAUAUGCAAAGGCUUGGAGAAAAGGUUGCAAGAACAAGAAGAAAAGAUAGCAAAAGCAACCGAAAGAGUAAAACAAGGAAGGAGGGCCAAGCCCACCAUGAGAGACAAAAGAGAUAAAGCGAAGUGGAAACUACUACAGAACCGAAGACGUGUGAUCACACGGUCACAGGCUCAAAGCCAACAAAGGGAGGUGGACAAAGAAGAAACUGAAACCUCCAGCGACGAAGAGGGGGAGAUAGAUGAGCCUGAGUCGCGUAGAGCAGCAGCAACCGAGCCGGACGAAUAUACAAUGCCAAAGAUGGCAGCACAGUAUCCUCUAAUAGUCAAAGGACAGCAAAUAUAUUAUGUGCCAUGGACCUUCAUGGAUGUGACUGGACUAGUAAAAAGACUGCCAAGUGUGUGUGAAGGGGCACAGAAAUGGAUCACAAAGUUUGAGGAACAGACAAUGGGACAGAGUCUGGCCUUGGGUGACCUGAAGGUAAUCCUAUGCCAGACAGUUGGGAAGGCAAAAAUUAUAGAAAUGUUCGGCCUCGCUGGACUAGGAAAAGAAGCGAACGACUCAAGAGCAGAUGGAAUAACCUUUGGCCCAUUCAGAAACCGUCUGUGGGACCAGCUAAGGGAAGCAUACCCAACUAAAGCCGAUCCGGGCAAAGUGGAGAAACUAAAGCUGGAUGAAGAAGAGGGAGUUGCCCAGUUUAUAUUGAAACUCCAGGAGUCUUGGAGGGAGGAAAUGGGAGCCUCGUGGGAUGAAACGCCCGCAAGUAUGACUCUGUUCAAGCUCAUGUUGAAAAGGGCACUUCCAGCAGAAGUUCAAGACCAGCUGGAGACGGUAGUGGGUUUGAACACUAUGCCAUGGGCCACCUUCGAGGCAAAUGUGAUACACCAUACAGAACUUCACAGGAAAAGGAAAAGGGAGGCAAAGAAGGCUGAAGAGAACUUGUUGGUGCAACUGCACAAGGCACAACUGGGGGAACUGACGAGAAACAAGUAAGAAAGCCACGACAAGAAGAAGAAGGAGGACAAAGAAUACACCAAACAGGCGGCAGUCAUGGUCGCCCCAGCUGCAGUUCAGGUAGCACCACCCCAAGAUGGAGGAGUGCCACAGGUGGUGGUGACACAGACACAGCCUUUGCCCCCAACUAUGAUGCAGUAUCCCAUAGGAUACCCAACAAGUUAUCCCGUGAAUCCUCAGUAUGCACCUCUACAACGCGGAUGGGGACCAACCAGAGGUCAAGGAAGAGGAUGACAAAGAAGACAACCUCCACAGAGACCGGCCUGGGGAGCAGGGGGACAGGGAAAAACCUGCUGGAAUUGCAAUAACCCAGGUCACAUAAGAUAUGAUUGUCCCUACUUACAGUAUGGAGCACUAGGAGGGGUCAUGGGAAACCAAGGAAGACAACAGAUGCCGGCACAGAUGCCUGCUCCAAUGUAUCAACAAGGAGCAGGGCAGUCAGGGAUGCAACAAGCACCUGCAGCAACACCACAAGGAGCUGGAAAUUGGGCAGGCCAAUGGAUGGGCCCAGGGUUUCAAGGACAAGCCCCAGUACCACCUGGAGGGAGCCCACUGGGCUCAGCUCCAGGAGGAAUGUGAUAAGGCCUAGAGAAGCCAGAGGGGGAGCUGGUGCAGUGUACCACCUCACUGCACACUGCACAAGAACCAACAAUUAUGUUGGGAAAUUGGAAAUGAAGUACAGGCUCCAUUCCUGAUUGAUACAGGAGCAACAUUUACAAGCAUUGGAAAAGAAGGUGCAAAGCUUCCCCUCACACGUAGAGCAAUAAAGACAGUGGGCUUCUCAGGAAAAACUCAGACUCUACGAUUUACUGAGCCACAAUGGAUUACUGUAGAAGGAAUAGUAGUGCAAGCACCUCUACUUUAUUCCCCAGACACUCCAGCUAAUCUUCUAGGAAGAGAUGUGCUCUGCAAACUAGGAGCCAAAAUACACUGUGGGCCAACAGGAGUGUGGAUAACACUUCCAGAAAUGUUAGCUCGACAACACUUAGUAGUAAGCCAAGAAGAGGUAAUGACAGAACUGGACAAAGUGUAUUGGAUGGAAGCCAAAGACAAAGAUACAUCAAAUAUAUGGAAAGAAUAUUCAGAAUGGAAAAAACUACCAUGGUUAAACUACAUACGCCCAGAUUGCCGUGAGGCUAGAGGACCAUGGCAUUGUACACUGAAAUAUGAUGAAGGGGGAUAAUGAUGAAGAAUACGCAUCAUUAUGGGAAGAACAACUAGAAGGCGUCAUCAGCACAGACAGCAUAAUACUUGGUCGGCAAGGAGGUAGCUACAUAUGCCGUACUCCCUGAACAGAUUCACGAGUGGUAUCAAGUUGGAGACGCAGUCUCCCACAUCUCCCUGAUGAUUGGGCAAGGUUUUGAAUCAAAAGAUUUAGGGCCUAUGAUGAGAGAAGAGGGAAGGGUAGAGAAAUGGAACACGACAAGAAAUUCUAGGGUAUAUAUGUCAGAAGACAAAACAUUUCUAAAGAUAGAUUAUAAAGGGACAGAGCAGGUAGUAGCUACCACUAUGUUAGUAAGUCAGCAAACAAAGAUACAAGUAAGAGUAGGAGUAGAGGUACAUAUGCCACAAAUAGAAGAUGAGGAAGAGUUAACAGAAAAAAGAUAUAGUACUAAAAGCACUAGGUGAAGUUCUGGAACAACUAUGAACUAAGCACGCAUCAGAUGUAGGACUAGUCAGAUCAGCAGGGCUAGCAAAAAUACAAAUCAGACCCAACGCUCCAAUACCCUAUCAGAGACAAUACCAGUUAUCCAAACAAGCGGAAGAAGGAAUAGGGCCAACUAUUAAAGGGUUAGUGGAAACAGGGGUUUUAAUCCCCACUAGGAGUCAGUGCAAUACUCCAAUUUUUCCGGUCAGAAAGCCUAAUUCAGACAAAUGGAGACUGAUCCACGAUUUGAGACCAGUCAAUCAGAUAGUGGUGGCCGAGACUCCAGUACUCCCAGAUCCACACACUUUGUUAUCAAAUAUUCCAGGGGGAACAAAAUGGUACACAGUAAUUGGUCUAUGUUCAGCCUUUUUCAGUGUUCCAUUGCACCCUGACUCUCAGCACUUGUUUGCGGUCACUUAUCGUGGGCAACAGUAUACUUAUACGAGGCUGCCCCAAGGAUAUUGCAAAAGUCCAUCGAUAUUCAACCAAGUACUGACCAGAGAUCUGGUGAAUUUACAAAUGGAUAGCCUCAUAGUCCAGUAUCUUGAUGACUUACUGAUCUGUAGCCAAACAAAGGAACAAUGUGUACAGGAUUCAAUAACAGUACUGAAGGCCCUAGCAAACAAUGGGCACAAGGUUAGUAAAGAGAAGCUACAAUUCUGCCAGAGAAAGGUGGAAUAUUUAGGACGAGUUCUAGAAGGAACAACACGAAAGAUAUUACCGGCUCAUUUACAAGCUAUACGUGAUGCACCAUGACCUCAAACCGUGCAUAUGUAUUUUAGUGGUCAUUCGCCCUGUGUAUGACAUUGUGUAUAUUGGGGAAAGUGGACAGGUAUGUACAUCAAGUGACAUACAUUGUGCAACACGUAGGUACGCAUUCCUGUAUUAGACACAUUAGGUUAGGAGCGUGUGCCACCCUCUGUACGUUUUGUUUGGGGUAGGUAGUGUAGGUUAGUUAGGGCGUCGUUUGACGCUGAAGCUCUGUCUUAUUACUUUUCCUUUUGUAGUUUAGGUUAGAGGGUUAAUUUCAAGGUAGAGUGGUUUUGUUUUGCUUAUUUCUUUGUUUUGGCACAGCUCGUGUCCCUCUCCCCCUGUAUUGAUUGCCACAUACAGUACACACCAAAGAAAAUCCAACCUUAUCAUUUCAUGUUGUUGCAUCCCAUCCAUACCCCUAGACCUUCUGGGAUCGUAACACAUUUGGCAGGGUUUAGUAGACCAUGGAUAUGCGACUUUGCCUUAUAAGUACAACCACUUAGAGACAUAAAAGCUACAGAUCAGGCUAAACCCAAUGCACAGCUGACAUGGGCACCAGAAGCACUAGCAGCAUUCGAGAUGUUGAAGUGCACACUAGCCUCAGCCCCAGCGCUGUCUAGUCCAGAUUACAGCAAACCAUUUCACCUAUACGUGUCAGAAAGACAAGGUUUUGUAUCGGCAGUACUAAUGCAGCAACAGCAAGGGGUAGGAAAGCAGCCCAUUGCCUACUUCAGCACAGCGUUAGAUAAUGUUGAGAAGGGCAUACCGCCAUGUUAUCGUGCUAUAUCAGCAGCAGCAUUUGCAUAUCAAAAAGCUUCUACAAUUAUGAUGGGUCACCCCGUGACCCUGUACACAGCACAUGCACUGCAUGCAUUAUUGACAAAUCAAACGUUUGUAAUAACCAAUGCAAGGCGCACAGGAUAUGAUGUAAUACUGUCGGCAAGGUGCAACACAGUAAACCCAGCCGAAAGAAUGGUGCUACCGAGUGAAGGGACUCCACACAAUUGUACAGAGGAAUCUGAAAAGUUCCUGGAAGCGCGACCAGAUUUAGAGUCCCAACCUCUUUUAGGGGCACAACGAAUCUUCUUUGUGGAUGGAUCCUGUUAUCGCACCAGUGAGGGAAACAAAGCAGGUUAUGCAGUAAUUGAAUACGACUUCAUUGAGAAUGUAUAUCAAACAAUUAGCGAGGGGACUGUCCCACAACCAUGCUCAGCUCAAUUGGCAGAGAUAAAAGCAUUGAUAGCAGCGUGUAAGCUAGGAGCAGGAAAAGCGUGUACAAUUUACACUGACUCAGCCUAUGCAUAUGGGGUAUGUCAUGUUUUUGGACCAAUCUGGGCAUAGCGAGGUUACCAGAGGGCUGAUGGUUCUGCUUUUACCCAUGGACCAGCCAUAUUUGAACUGUUAGCAGCUAUACAGCUACCUAAGAAAUUAGCUAUUGUGAAGUGUAAAGCUCACAAAACAGAUGGAACAACAAUAACUAAAGGAAACGCUGCAGCAGAUGAAGCAGCCAAAAAGGCAGCAUUAGGGGAUAGAUGCAUAAUGGCAGUUAUGCAGGGAGAAGGGCCAGAUGCAGGUCCAGGAGAGAUGUCAAUAGAGGAUGUCAGGGAUGCACAAAACACAGCCAAUCCGGAAGAAGUAGAACAGUGGAAAAAGCGAGGUGCAUUUCAGGACAAGGAGUCCAAAGUAUGGAGAGGGGGAGAGGGGUUGUGGGUAGCACCCACAGCCCUAUUACCAAUGUUGAUAAAGGAAGCCCACAGGAUAGACCACUGUAACAAAAGGGUGAUAAUAGACACUAUCAGGAAAAAUUGGUGGUCUCUGUAUCUAGCCAGCUUCGUAGAAAAAAUACUGAGAACAUGUGAGCUAUGUGCUAAAAGAAAUGUCAGGAAGCAUUUCACAGCCCCAAUAGGACACAUUCCAGAACCCAGAGGGCCGUUUCGACACUUAAUGAUGGAUUUUGUGGAUAUGGCAGAAAAAGCAGAAGGGAAGCGAUACAUUUUGGUAGUGAUUGACAUAUUCAGUAGAUGGGUUGAAGCAGUGGCCAGUGCCAAGAAUGAUGCUAAAACAGUGGCAAAAUUCUUGUGUAGGGAAGUAAUCCCGAGGUUUGGUAUUCCAGAUCAGUUGAGUUCAGAUAAUGAACCUCAUUUUGUAAAUAAAGUAAUUGAGUCCCUUGCGCAAGCAUUGUGCAUUAACCAUAAGAUGGGAUGUGUUUAUCACCCAAGUUCACAUGGAAGAGUAGAAAGAGCCAACGGCGUAUUGAAAGAGAAAAUUGCAAAAAUAUGUGCUAGCACCAGUCUGAAUUGGGUACAGGCUUUGCCUUUGGCUCUGAUGAAAAUGCGUUCGCAGACGAAUCGUACAACACACUUGACACCUCAUGAAAUGGUGACAGGCAGGCCAAUGCCCGUGGCUUUCACACGAGGACCCUAUAAGGGCCCAUCGCUUGAACAGAUGGAAGGCGAAAUGUCAAGCUAUGUGAAGCAUUUAACCCAUAUCUACAGACUCUUGUGUUCUCAGGUUAGCUACCCCCACUGCAGUCAAGGUCAAAGAGCUUUGUGUGCAGGCCAUGUAGCGCCCACGGAGAGGCCGGCGACGAGUCCAGCAACCCCUCACCUGUGCACGGUUGGAGGCAAGCCCACGGGGUGUCGCUUGACGCCUCGGCGACUCCUGGUUCUGCUACACAUGCAUGCAACUGGACACCGAGGUGGACCAGUCUAACUUCAUCUGGAGGGACUUCGACCUGGGUGCGGCGCCACAUCGCACCUGGCUGACAUACCCUUCCCCGCCGACGGCUGACACGUGGUUCACGUUGCUGAAGGACACUGAUCCUUGCAAACGCAGAUCUAGUCCGCCCUGACGGACUGUGGGUUCAUUCGUGCCACCAGAAUGAUUAUAUUCUUGACAAAGGACUGCUUUUGCAGGUGCACACAUAUGAGAUACGUCCUUCCCUUUGUGUGGCCUCAACGUAUGGACGUAGACAUAAACAUGCGUAUAAUAUUUCCCGCCAUAUACGGCAGGCCGCCAUACGACAGUACUGUACUCUAUUCUUUUGUGGAUAUAAACUCUGGACAUCUCACACCAAAGAUGUGCAACAAGGACUACAGGAUAUGAAAGAACCACCCACGUUCAUAUACUCAUGGACAAGAGGUGAUUCAGAUGCGGUUGUUCCUGUAACUUGAGACUUUCACGCUUAUCGCAACAGAAACAUUUGGGGUUCCCUACGCGCAGGCCGACACAUUUGGGCCCCCUUGCCACGGUGGAUUCAAACCAUGCAUUGUAAUCAUUAUUGGUGGUGGUCAUAAGGACGACUCCCAUGCCAUGCGAGAACUGUUUGAUUUUCAUGUAUGUUUCGGUGACCCUGGUGACACUGAUUUCACUGUCGCGCUAUAUUUGCGGGCAGAGUGAGAAUUUUCCCUCAAUUUGGCAUCCAGAGGGUUUUUCGCUCACUCCUGGCUCACCUUUUUGAGAAGGGGCACGUGUGUGUUGUGGUCUACUGUGCUCGUUGUUGUUGUUGGGGGAGAGAUGUUGUAUGUUUUUAUGUUCUGAGAUGUUGUAUGUUUUUGGUACGUUUUUGGAUUUGUGUUUUUGUUUUAUCUUCUGUUUCUCGUUUGUGUUAGGGUGGUCAUCGUGGUUAGGUUCUUGGGUUUUGUUGAGACUUUGCAGUCUCAGAGGGGGAGAGAUGUUGUGAAAAAUCCUGGAGCCUUAAGAGAAUAUAUUUAUAUUAUUAUAUUAUAUUAUUAUUAUAUUAUAUAUUAUUAACCAGAAGUCAGAGGGUGAAUAAAAGAGGCACUCUUUAUUAUAGUAACUCAGCAGACAGGAGAGGAAAGAGUGUAAACAGGGGACUCAGGGCCAUAGAAUAGAACUGUUCCAGACACGUAAUGAGCUCAUGGGUGAUAUGAAGUAGCUGGAAGCGGCGAUAGCUCUGCGGGCACUGGCCUUGGGUAGGGAGACGGACGAGGAUGGUGAGGUGAGGACAUGAUGGGGCGACCAGGAUGAGCUGGCUGAGGCGUAGGGUCUGAGGAGAGAUAAGGGGAGUUAGAGGAGAUAGAGGAACAGGAGCUUGAGAUAAGGGUAAACAAUUCCAGCCUGAGCAAGGACAGGCUGAGAUCAUAACAUGAAACAUGCGAUCAAAACAAAGUUGAAGCUUUUAGCAGUUUAGAGGAGUCAUCAAAGAACUCCAUUGUUUACUUUUAUGUACACAAGCAACAUUAUAGUAGCAAUAGCUUAACAAUAGUGAUAACAGUAUAGCAACAAUAGUUUAGCAAUAGUGGCAAUAUAAGAUGACAAAUAGAUAAGAGCUUUCUUUUAACAUAAUAACUUUUAACAUAAAAUCAGACUCAUAGAGUGGCUUAUGAUUAUUAAAAAUCAUGUAUAGAAGAAAAUAACAAAGGAGAAACUUACCCAUUGAAGUUGAAUGAAGGAUUAAUCUUCAGGACGUCUGGCAUGGAAAAUAACUUAGAGGCAAAUGUAACUUCAACCAGGGGGUAAGGCUCUUUUUUGAGCACACUUUUAAUAACAAAAUUAUUGUUUAGAUAUAAUUGUUAUGUCGAACGAAGAAGACCCAGGGUCACAGGCCUGGGCUUCCGGACCUGGGCCCCGGGGAACUAAGGGGAGGAAAAUCCAUAAAUGGGCAUAUGGGUAAAAGGUGAAGGAAAAACAAGGGGAUUGUAAGGAACAGGACGUUACAAAAACAUAUGAGAUGAUUCCGGUAAAUAAGGUGACAUAAUGAUAAGGUGAUAUGGAAAUGGGUCUGUGAGGAGGGGAACCGAUAAGGAGGCGCUUGGAAGCGUAUAUAUAGAGGAGAAUUUUUGGGACCAAAGGUUUAUGCGUAAAAAAUCCCGUUACUCUGCAGGACCGUCCUGAGGGUUUUUGUUUUUGCAUGCCGAUGCUCUUCAUGAAGAUGCUUUUUCUGUUCUUGGGUUUUUGGGAUUUCUUUUGUUACUUUCAAAUUGGCAAUUUCUCUUAGAGAAUUGUUGGCUGAUUGACCACAAUAAAGAAGUUUGCUUAUUCUCA